AUGCGUACGGGACCGCACGAGACAGCUACCGAGCGCACGGCUGUCCAAUCUGCGGCAGCAACGUUUAAUGUACAUGCCGUUUCCGAAGACCAGGCUGUCUGUCGGAGCCCGUGUACGACCGCAUUCGCCGAGACACCCAGCGUCAGCGGAGCCGACAACUUGGAUCGUCAAGAGUUCUGGACGGCGGUCUCUGAGAAGGGUUGCUGUGAUGCGUUUUCCCACCGCCCCUCACCCUCCCCCGAGGCGAGACUGUUCCUGCCCCCACGCGAGGCACUUCCUAGCGGUUCGAUAACCAUGUGCGGCGGCGAGGAAGCGGGUGUCAUCACCUCCUUGCUUCGGAGCAUGGCAGAGGAAGAGGGGUCGCUGCCAGAUGACGCUCCUAAGACGGCGUAUUAUGACGGCAACUCACGGCGGGGCGCGGUCACCCAUGGCCCCCAGUAA